UAAAAACUUUGCAGAUAAAGAAGGAAGAACUUAUUAGAAUGUGGUUCAUCAAGUACGCUAUACUUUCAUUUGCUUCGUUUUCUUUUGCUCAAUUAGUGGAUUACCAACAGUGUGUAAAUAAAUUGUCAAAUGGAUGUAGCAUACCUCUAAAUUUACCUUUUCCAUACAAAGAGGUUUUCUUACCAGCUUGCAUUUAUCAUGAUGUUUGCUACCAUUGUGGAAGAGUUUACAAUUGGACAAGAAACCAGUGUGAUCUCGCUUUCAAAACAAACAUGAAGAACUUAUGUCUAUUAAAAGAAAGUCUUCAGCUUGAAAAAUAUAAUUACAAGGUGUCUCUCUGGGAUAGGUUAAUAAGCAUUUUUCAUAUUGCUUCACAGUUGUUAAAAUGGACUCGUAUUAAAUCAGGAACUCUUGAGCAUUGUAAUCACGGUGCAGAUGUGUAUUAUUCAUCUGUAGAUAGAUUUGCCCAUAACAGUUACGCGAAAGGUGACCAAGCUUUAUGUCAAUUACCGUGCGCCCGUAUUAUGGGUAAUCCGCAAAACUUUAUCUAAAAUCUUUUAGUAUAUAUUCAAAUGUUUUGAUGAAUAAUGAUUAAAGUCA